AUGGCAUCUCGGGAGGCUUCCGAAACAUCUUUCUUUAGCCUGAGUGAUGUAAGAGAGCGGAUGCGGGAGAAGAAGAAGAAUGGUGCCUUGAGGACUGCAAAGUUGAACGCCUCAAUUGCAUCAAAAAUCAAAACGAAAAUCAUUAACAACUCCUCCACUAUUAAAGUCUCCCUAAAGCACAACAAUAAAGCACUGGCCCUGGCCCUCAAUGCGGAGAAAGCCAACGCACAGCGGCUCAGCCAUGAGAAGAUCAUCUUACAGAAGGAGGUGGAGCAGUGCCACUUUCAGAACGCUCUGCUGCGACACAAGCUCUCCUUCCUGAAUAACACCUUGAAGGAACUUGAAAACCUUGUGACUGCAGUUAAGAUGGCUCGGCUCUCUGAGUUCCAUACAAGUUCUACAUCCCUGUCCAAUGGCCAGAAGACCAGCAUGACUGAAGAUAGCUGGGCCGAUGAUAUUGCAGAUGGUCAACUUGUGAGGGCUGCAGGGAUGCCAAUGAGGGUGCCUAUUUCCAAGCUGUGUAAUGCAGGACAGCAGGGUGGCAGUUCCAUAGCAGUACAGACAUCCUCACUAGAUCUUCAGAGACCUUCUAAUGAGCCCCUGGAAAUUGUGCCUGUUGCUUCCAAAGAUGCUUUGCCACCACAGUCUGGAGAAGCCUCAGUCUGACCAGGAAGAGAAUGGGAAGAAGCCAACUAA